AUGUCUGAGACUUUCGAGUUCCAGGCCGAGAUCUCUCAGCUUCUCUCCCUCAUCAUCAACACCGUCUACUCCAACAAGGAGAUCUUCCUGCGAGAACUUGUCUCCAACGCCUCCGAUGCCUUGGACAAGAUCCGCUACAAGUCGCUGUCCGACCCCAGCCAGCUCGACUCUGGCAAGGACCUGCGCAUUGACAUCAUCCCCAACAAGGAGGCCAAGACCCUCACCAUCCGUGAUACCGGUAUUGGUAUGACCAAGGCUGACCUUGUCAACAACCUGGGUACUAUUGCCCGAUCCGGUACCAAGCAGUUCAUGGAGGCCCUGACCGCUGGUGCCGAUGUUUCCAUGAUUGGUCAGUUCGGUGUUGGUUUCUACUCCGCCUACCUGGUCGCCGACCGUGUCACCGUCAUCUCCAAGCACAACGAUGACGAGCAGUACAUCUGGGAGUCCAGCGCCGGUGGCACUUUCAACAUCAUCGCCGACACCGAGGGCGAGCAGCUCGGCCGCGGUACCGCCAUUGUCCUCCACCUCAAGGACGAGCAGGCUGACUACCUGAACGAGAGCCGCAUCAAGGAGGUCAUCAAGAAGCACUCUGAGUUCAUCAGCUACCCCAUCUACCUCCACGUCACCAAGGAGACCGAGAAGGAGGUUCCCGAUGAGGAUGCCGCUGAGGUUGAGGAGGUCAAGGAGGAGGAGGGCGAUGACAAGAAGCCCAAGAUUGAGGAAGUCGAGAAGGUUGUUGUCAGCGACAAGCUCGGCCUCUCCCCCUGCGCCAUCCGUACCGGCCAGUUCGGUUGGUCCGCCAACAUGGAGCGUAUCAUGAAGGCCCAGGCCCUCCGUGACACCUCCAUGUCCAGCUACAUGUCUUCCAAGAAGACCUUUGAGAUCUCUCCCAAGUCUCCCAUCAUCCAGGAGCUCAAGAAGAAGGUUGAGACUGACGGCGAGAACGACCGCACCGUCAAGUCCAUUACCCAGCUUCUGUUCGAGACCUCUCUGCUCGUCUCUGGCUUCACCAUUGAUGAGCCCGCUGGCUUCGCUGAGCGCAUCCACAAGCUCGUCCAGCUCGGCCUGAACAUUGAGGAGGAUGACUCCGCCCCCGCUGAGGCCGCUCCCGCCGAGGAGACCCCUGCCGUCGAGACUGGCGACAGCGCCAUGGAGGAGGUCGACUAA